AUGCUUCAAUUCCUGUGCCUUCUCGUCCUCUGUGGCCUGCUGACCCAGAACGUCCAAGGCAAUGGCUUUCCUAUGGCCCUGACCAACCUCAGCCCUGAGAUGCUUCAGCAGUUGCUUUCUCAACGGAUGAACUCCCAGGAAUGGGCGGAUCAUCUCCAAAGCUUGCCCCUUGAAGACCUGGUCAAAAAUGGCAUCAAACAAGGCAGCGGUGGGGGAGGCUUUCUGUCGGGGAUCCCUCUCGUGGGGGGCUUGGUGAACAACGUGGUAGGCGGAGUCCUCGGACUGAAAAUCAAGGAAGUGUCGCUUCUCCAGCUUGAUAUCAAAUUCGACAAAUCUGAAUUCAGGUUUAUUGUGACCAUCCCAGCCGAUGUAGAGGUGGAGGUGAAAUGCCCGCUCAGCUUGAUGGGCCGGAUUUUUCACCUGAAGCUGCAUCUGGACAUUCAAGUCGGAGUCCGGCUGGUCAAACACCCUGAGACUGGCCACAUUAAACUGACCAUUGAGAACUGCCGCAACAAUCCUGGCCAUCUUAAAAUCGCGGUCCUCGAAAAAUUCGGUCCUCUGUUCCACUUGAUCAACAAGGUUGUGGCACUGGUGACCAGCAUCCUGGAUAAGACGCUCCCUCAUCUCCUACAGAAGGAACUCUGCCCGCUGGCGAAUGGUUUAGUGCAAGGCGUGCUGGAUCUGCUUCAAGGUUCCAUGGAUGAAAAAAUGUUCCAUAUGUUCCCUGGGUCAUUCCAUCUUUAUGAAGACAGCUUGCAGCUCGUUUAUGAAGGUCAGAACCCCGGAGGACAGAGCAUCAUGAUCCCCCCGGACUCCCACCCGCUUCCUUCCAUUCCCCUGGACGGAUCUCCCAUGAACAUGGUCUUGAGCAGCAACUACCUGGAGUCGGCUUUCCAGGCCCUCCUGCCUCCCCGGGUCUUCAACCUCGGCGGCCAAAGCGAGUGCGCUGUCCUUGUGCACCAGAUAGCAGCUGUGGUACGGAAGGUCUCCCAUAUUCAGGCAGUGCAAAUAACUACUGGGACCCCCUCGCUCUCUCUGAGUGUUGGAAAGAUCCAGCUGUGGCAGCCUAUUGAAAUCCGGGUCUACACAGAGCAUCCAGCAGGCGCUUACGGGCCCCUUUUUACCAUCCGUCUUAAUAUCGUUUGGCUGGCUCAUCCUUCUCUCGACGGUGGGAAACUGAUCUUCACUCUUCACAGUCCACGAUUGGAGAAUCUUAGCCUAGUAGGCUCAGCAGCUGGAAACUAUGAUGUUCAGCAUCUGACUGGCCUGAUCCUACGAGCGGUGUCUGCCUGCCUCUUGCCACAUCAAAACCAGAUGCUGGCUGAAGGAAUCCCAGUGCCCUUGGUGCAGGAGCUGGGCUUGACCUCUCAGAAUAUCGCUGCUGGCAAGGUACGACAGUUGGCCCCUUUUCUGGAACACCGCGACUUAGCAAUACUGAUCUGA